UAUAAAAUGAAUGUCAGCAUUAUUCUUUCAUUCUUCUUGCAAUAUUCACGUUACAAAGUGAUCGAGAUUGGUGAAUCAUGAUUUGGGGCAAAAUUAUUUUAUCGUUGAUACUUUUCACUGUACAGUUGUCAGGGAAAAAGGCAAAGUUUGACGUUGAGAAAGAAAUACAAAUUUCGUGUAUUUCUAGCGAAUACGCAAAGGAAUUCACCACCUUUGAACUUAAGUACAAUCCCGAUAUGGCUACACAUAAUUACACGUUCGAUGAAAAUAUGAUCCUGAAUAUUGAAGAAUUAGUCGGAGACCGUGAAAAAAUUAUCUUUUUUUUCCUCGGUCAUGAAGACAAACUUUACUCGCUAUCUGGGAAAAGUUUCCUAAUUGCUAGAGAACAAAUGAUAAAAAAUUCUGCAUGCACGUGUACGGUGAGUUAUGCUUUUCUUGAUGGCAGCAAUCUGGUGAAAUAUUGGAAAUAUUUUUCGGUGCUCAAAAAGCGAUUGCCAAAAGUCGUGAAUAUGAUGACCACAUUUAUACAAAACAUUGUGGAUUCGAGUGAUUUUAAAAUCAACUUAUCUUCUGUUUAUUUGACGGGAUUUUGCUUGGGCGGCCAUAUUGCAGGCCAUGUUGGAUAUGAAUUGAGAAAAAUCUAUAACGGACAAAUGGUGUCUGCCAUUUGGGCAUUCGAUCCGCCGAAAAUUGGUUUUCCAUAUCCAGAAAAGGAGGGCAAACCGAGAAGAGUGCAAAAAUUCGAUGCUGAAUUUGUCGUUGUAUUCCAUACGUCUCGGCUUGGUGUUAAAAAGUCAAUCGCUGAUGUUGAUAUAGUUGUGAAUGGCGGAAGAGAUCAACCCUCGUGCCAAAACGAAACAUUGAAGAUUACGUGCAACCAUUAUGCUGCAUAUCUCCUUCGUGAAUUGAUUGCAGUAAAUAGCAAGAAACUUGAAAAAAACGAAAAUGGGUCUCCAGUUGCUUACAAAGUUUCAGAUAUAUCUGAAAAGUUUGCCAUUGAAAUCACUAGACCAGCGUGGGAUAAAGCCGGUAUUUUUGGAAUGCGCGUGGGUCUUUGAUGAUGGAUAUAAUGAAUAAUAACUUUUUUAUUAAAUAAGAUUUGAUAACAUAUUUAAAUUUCGAUUCUGUAACAAAAAAUUUUGAUGUCUACUUUAUUUGCCUGCUUGCUUUAUAUGAAAUUAUAUCUGACAUUAUUGCCUUUUAUAAUAACAA